AUGACUGGAGUAAAAAGAAACCACAAAGAAACCGAAGAAAAACUAGAUUUUGAACAGAUUAGUGAAGAAAUUACCCAAGAAAGUGAAAAUAAAAGAAGAAGAAAGGAGCAAAAUAGAAAUUCACAAAAAGGAUAUAAAGAACGACGGAAUAAAUACAUUGAAGAAAUGGAAAAAACAAUUGAAAAAUACGAAAAAAGAUUCAAAGAAAUCGAAGAAAAAAUAGAAAGCUUAAUAAAAGGAGAACCAGUAGAAACAGGAAGCACCCGAGAAAAAGAAACUCAAACGGAAGAAAAAUUGUACACUCAGAAAGAA